GUCUACUCGAUUACAGUCUAUUUCGGGAUGUAUACAAACAAAGUACAACACGAAUGAGAAUUUGAAGAGGCCCUUGACCUAGCCCAACCUAGACCUAGUCAUCUCUGCUCGCUGCCAGGUGCGUUGAGCUCGUUAUAUUUUAGUGUUUGCUCAACGGCAAUUUAGUUAUGAGCGAUCGUAUGGCAGCUCAUGCUGGCCCUCCUGGUCCUUCGAAUUAUUAUCAUUACCCUUACGGUGCUGCUGGGCCAUUUCCUGGUCAAUAUCAGCGAUAUCCUGUCAAUGUCAAUGUACCAAUGAAUGGACACAUUCACCGACCAAUAUUUCAUCCUCAUUACAAUUAUCAUCAUCCUCAUCCUCAGCCUGCUCCUUAUGUUCCAAGGUCUAGUUACUGGCAACAGCACAGCCAGCAGCCACUUUCUCCCUUACCAAAACAAUUGUCAACUCUUCCUUCUCUUCAAUCUAGCGGCGACCAGAUCGGAAAUAAAAAUAUAGAACCCGAGGAGGCGCCCAAUCCACCACCAACUUCACCUCCUUCAUCACCUAUGCCUAGCACAGAUCCAAAACUAGGUGGUUGGGUCAUUUGGUCAAAACGUCCCACGGACCCAUCAACAGCUCCUGGUAUCAUCAUCUCUCCUCUAGCUCAUCCUCCUCGCGAUGUCAUUCAAUAUGCACUCGAUAUUCCAACUCCUCCUCCAUCUCCCACACCCGUCGUUAUAGAUCUAUUAGCGCCAACCCCGCCCUCUGAUAUCCCAGACGGCACAGAAUCAAAUACGACUCCUGCGCUUUCCACAGCAUUUGAUACACCUGUGCCCGGCUCGCCGGACUCUUCUAACACUUCAUUUUCUCUUGCAAAGGCUCCCGAACAACAACCGUUGGUAGAGGCCACGUCAGCCCUCAUCGAACCAGAGCUUGAAGUAUCAUCCCCUGAUCGCGUAGAGGCGCCUAAGCUACCUGAACCUGAUUCAGAAUCUUCUACGUCCGUCGCUGCGCCCUCCUUAUCUGAUGCAGAACCUUCUGCAAUAUCUGAUGUAGAUCCUUCUACCUCCACUGUUGCUCCUAUUCCAUCUGACGCAGAACCUGCUACUGCCCUCAAGCCAUUCAACGCGGAAGCCUCCACAUCAGCCCCCACACCCGCACUUGCACCCGCCCCAAAGCCCGCCGUAUCAUGGGCCUCUCUCCUCCGCAAACCCGGCCCCUCCAACCUCCCCGCAUCCUCCGUCGUAGGCUUCUCCAUCCCUGCCUCCCCUCCCCCAAACCCCACCUCUACAAAAUCCCCAUCGCACCCUAAAAAAUCCGAGCUUCUGAAUCUGCUCAACUCCGGUGGAUCAUCUGCAGCUCCCAUGCGCAUCAGGCCACGCGGCCUCGUCAACUCUGGCAACUUAUGCUUCGCUAACGCGGUUCUUCAGGUCCUCGUGUACUGUCCUCCAUUCUGGCGCUUCUUUACAGAUCUCGGGCGGUUGCUUGAGCCUACAGAGGAGUCCAAGACCCCGCUGGUCGAUGCCACUAUUCGGUUUGUGAGGGAAUUUUCGCCAAAAGAGAGGGUGCCUAUUGAGGGCAAGGGCAAGGGUGUAGAGCGCUAUGGAUCGAAUGGUCUUGUGCAUGAGGAAGUGGAUGAAGAUAUUAUGGAUUCGUUUAUGCCGACUUAUGUACAUGAUGCUUUGAAAGAGAAGAAGAGGUUUGAUCAUAUGCGCGGCGGACAUCAAGAAGAUGCAGAAGAGUUCCUUGGAUUUUAUCUCGACACGCUCGAAGAAGAGCUCUUGACGCUUUCCUCGUCACUCACUAACCCCAACCCAGCUCCAGCUCAGCAGAACGACAACGCUGCGACAAACAACACACAAGAAGACGGCUGGCUCGAGGUGGGCAAGCGUAACCGCACCGUCAUCACACGCUCCACGAAGACAGCCGACUCUCCCAUGACCCGUAUAUUCGGUGGCAAAUUCCGCUCCAUCCUUCGCGUACCACACCAAAAGGACUCUGCGGUUGUCGAAGACUGGCGUAGUCUGCGGUUAGAUAUCCAACGCGACACGAUCCACACAAUCAAAGACGCCCUAACGCACAUCUCCACUCCCCAAUCCGUCCAAGUCACUUCGGUAACGCGCCCCGGCGCCACCCUUGACGCGACUCAACAAGUACACAUCGAGUCCCUCCCUCCGAUCCUCAUCCUCCAUCUCAAGCGGUUUUUGUACGACGCUAAUAAAGGGGGCGUUGCAAAGGUUGGGAAACAGGUUGCGUUUACGCCUGAGUUGGAGGUUGGGAGUGAGGUGAUGGUACAGGGGAAGAAGGUGAAUGGGACGAGGUAUCGGUUGUUUGGAGCGCUGUACCACCACGGCCUCUCGGCCUCAGGCGGACACUACACCCUCGACGUCCUUCAUCCCAACAUUGACAUGUCAACUCCACCUACAAAGGCGCGCGAGGGGUGGAUUCGCAUUGACGAUGAGUUGGUUUCGGAUUUGAGAGCUGAGGAUGUGUUUGGGAGUGGGGGCGUAGAGAAGGAUGAGACGAUGAGGUGUGCGUAUUUGUUGUUUUACAGGAGGGUUGGGGCGGGGCGGGGUUAGGUUUACUAGUAGUAGGUGUAGGCAGCGACAGUGCUAGAUUUUGUCGCUUUGAAUGUGAUGGUUUUUUUGUUUGGAUCAAAAUACAUUAUGUAAUGUCACAGACAGGAGUAUAACUAGCUUCACCUGAGUUCAACACGAC